GGCCAGAUCUUAAAGGUCCCAGAGCUGCGUGAGUUUACUAGGCCCGGAGGAGGUGGCGGCCGCUCCGGGGACCCCAGGGCAAGAGAUGGCUCGGAGACCCAUGUAGGUGUCUUGAAAACCCUGCUAAUGUCCAGGCUCAAGUCCUAGAUCUAUGGAGCCCACCAGAAACUGUCCACUGUUCGGAGGCGCCUUCUCCGCCAUCCUCCCCCCUGGGGCCAUUGAUGUGAGCGACCUCCGACCGGUCCCGGAUAACCAAGAAGUUUUCUGCCAUCCCGUGACCGACCAGAGUGUGAUCGUGGAACUUCUGGAGCUGCAGGCCCACGUGCGGGGCGAAGCGGCCGCGCGGUACCAUUUUGAGGACGUUGGCGGGGUUCAGGGGGCCAGGGCCUUGCACGUGCUAUCUGUGGGGCCUCUCUGUUUGGAGACUUUAUCCCUGAGGGGGUGCUGUCAAGAUGCCUGGUUCCUUUCUGGCAAGCAGCAGGUAGCUAAAGAAAACCAGCAGGUGGCAAAGGAUGUCACGCUGCAUCAGGCCUUGCUUCGGCUGCCCCAGUACCAGACUGACCUCUUGCUAACCUUCAAUCAGCCCCCGACUAACAGCAGGUCCCUUGGCCCCGAAAAUCUGUCAUGUCCACCUUGGAGCCUGGGUAACUUUGAACAGCUGGUGACUAGCUUGACUCUUCAUGAUCCCAACAUCUUUGGCCCCCAGUAAAGAUGGUUGAAACACAGCAUCCUGCUGCUGAAGACUCAGGGACCUAGUUCUGAGAGGCGGAGUUUCUUUCUGCUGCUUCCCUGGAUGUAAACAUAAGACACCUCCUCUGCAGAAAUAAACUUGCUUUAUAGACAA